GCUACAUGUUAUUAAUCGUUGUUUUUUGCCCUAGGAUACGUGUUGAUCCCUUUUUUGCCCCCUUACUCUCUCUUUCCCAUGAUUAUUGCCUCCACUACCCAGUACCCACCUCCACAUCUUUCCUAAAACCCCACAUCCACCGGAGAAAAACGCCAUAGACAGAGAGAAAAAACAAGAUCGGAGAUGAACGACAGCGGAUAACCAGCCAGCUGGCACAUGAUCAGCUGGUCAACCAACAACGGCGGCUUCGGAUCGGUGCAAGACUCGAGCCGACGAUAACCAACCAGAUUAUGCUUUGGUUCUGCCCCAUCGCACCCAAACCCGCCAACCCGGAUCCCUCCGUUUCCACCAUAGCAAACAACUACAAGCCCAGGAAGAAGCGCAAGUACGUUAGGGUUCGAAAGAGCAAUAGAUCCAUCAAGAAAAAGGACAUGACCUCAUCAUCGUCAUCGACGGAUCCCAAAUCCUCAAACCGCAUCGUCACCCUCCAGCUCCUCGCGGAGAGCACCCAUCUACAUGAGGAAGAAGCAUCUAUAGAUCGGAGCGUGCUCUCGUCGUUGCCACCAAGCCACUGCAACCUGGAUCUCACCAUGGCCGCUUCUGUAGAGGAGGAUAAUAAUAAUAAUAGUUGUUAUUACCAUCACGGCACAAAUCUGAUGACGUGGGGGAUGGGGAAAGAGGUGGAGGAGUCGUGGGUGACGGUGGAGUCGGCAGCGAAGAUCUCGCCCUCCGGAAGCUCAUCUUAUACAUGGAUCUAGGGGAAGUGAAGAUCCAUUUGGAUGGCGACACGUGUCCAGUGUUCGUAUUUGACGGCUUCAACCGAGUGGUGUGAUUUACAAGCUAUGUGAGAAGCAUGGAGAAGGGAAGAACUAUUAGCAUGAAGGCUACUUGUUUCGUGGUAAUCAACUUUGAAUACCACUUACUUCACUUCGAGAGUUUCUACUAUGAGAAGCCCAUGGAGGAGGAUUGAUGGCACACUUUGGUGUAGCCAAAACAGUGAGUUGCUUACAAGAGCACUUCUAUUGGCCUCAUAUGAAAAACGAUGUGGAGAGCUUGUGUGCUAGAUGCAUGAAGUGCAAACAAGCUAAAUCGAAGGUGCAAUCGUCUGGAUUGAACACUCCACUAACCAUUCCAUUAUUGUUGUGGGUUGACAUCUCUAUGGACUUCAUGUUGGGAUUUUCAAGGACGAGGAGAGGUCGAUAUUCUAUCUUUGUGGUGGUGUAUCGAUUUUCAAAGAUGGCACAUUUCAUUACAUGCCAUAAGGCUGACGAUGCUUUCAAUGUGGCGGAUUUGUUCUUAAAAUAGGUGGUGUGACUACAUGGGAUGACACACCAUUGUUUCUGAUUGUGAUUCAAAGUUCUUGAGCUACUUUUGGAAGACGUUGUGGAGCAAGUUUGGAACAAAGCUCUUGUUUUCGACUACUUUUCAUCCUCAAACGGAUGGACAAACUAAAGUGGUGAAUCGUACUUUGUCUCAAAUGCUACUAGCAGUCAUCAAGAGCAACAUCAAGACAUGGGAGGACUGCCUACCUCACGUGGACUUUUCCUAUAAUAGAGUCGUGCAUUCAACAAUGAAGUAUUCUCCUUUUGAGGUCGUACAUGGGUACAAUCCUCUUAGUCCAUUUGAUUUGGCACAUUUACGUUUGAAGGAGCAAGUGAACAUGGAUGGAGCUAGAAAGCAAAGUAUGUGAAGAAUCUCCAUGAGAAGGCUCGACUGAAUAUUGAAAAGAAGACAUAGCAGAUUUUGAAGAACGUCGGCAAGCAUAGAAAGGCUCAAAAUUUCUAAGCAGGAGAUUGGGUGUGAGUGCAUAUGAGGAAAGAAAGGUUCCCACAUCAAAGGAGAUCAAAGUUGUUGCGUAGGAGCGAAGGUCUCUUUCAAAUCAUUUUGAAGGUUGGUACUAAUGCACACAAGCUUGAACUACCCGGAGAGUAUGACAUAAGUGCAACCUUCAACGUUUCCGAUCUCGCACCAUUCCUAGAGGAUAACUCGAAUUUGAGGGCAAAUCCUUUCCAAGAGGGAGGGAGUGAUGAGGUCAUCAAGACCAAGCCUACUCAAGAUGAAGCACCAAUGACUCGUGCUAGAGCUAAAGCUUUUCGAGAUCAAAUCAUAGUUAUUUGGCUAAGGAGUUGGAAGCAUGAGCAUGGAUUUGCUAGAAGGAAAGCCCAUUACACUAUUGAGCUUUGUGGACCAAGAGGAGGACAAAAUGGGCUUGAAGGGAAGGAAGGGAGAAUCGGCCAUGAAGGGUUCCUUUAGUGUGAAUGGGAUAUCAAAUGGGAAAGGAAUCCAGGUGUGAACACAAGAGGGAAGGAGCAUUUCAAGGCUAGAUUCUAGGAGGAAGUUUGACUAAGUCUUUUACUGGUUUCUUAAGGUUUUUGUUUUCUUUUUUCAAACAGGUUUUGUUUUUUCUUAGUUGUUUUAGAUGUGGAUUUGUAUGUCUAUAAAAAGGGAACUGAACC